AUUAGACACUACCCGCCACUCCUGCCUGCUUGCUAAGUGCUAACCUCCUUUGACUUCCAACCUUUAUCAAGAUCCAAAACCUUAAACUCAAGUGAUACAGAAAGCUCUCAUAUACUAACAUUCAACUGCAUGUUCUCUUGAUUCUACUUUGGAAAUUUGGUUGUGUAGCUUUGCUUGGGUAUAUGGAGGGAGAGUGCAGCAUUGCAAAAGAUGUGACUGAACUGGUGGGAAACACACCUGUAGUUUAUCUUAAUCAUGUCGCAGAGGGUUGUGUUGCACGCAUUGCAGCCAAGCUUGAAAUGAUGGAACCAUACUCCAGUGUUAAAGACAGGAUUGCAGUUAGUAUGAUCAAAGAUGCUGAAGAAAAAGGCUUGAUUUCUCCUGAGAAGACUGUUCUCAUAGAAAUGACAAGUGGUAAUACUGGCAUUGGAUUGGCGUUUAUUGCUGCUGCAAAGGGCUAUAAGCUAAUCAUUGUAAUGCCUUCGUAUGUGAGUCUUGAGAGAAGAGUAAUCCUUCUAGCCUUGGGAGCAGAGUUGCACCUCAUGGGUCCAACGAAAAGCUUUCCUGAUUUCGUGGCCAAAGCUAGAGAAUUAUUGGACAAAACUCCAGGCGGCUAUUACAUUAAUCAAUUCGAAAACCCUGGGAAUCCAAAGACUCAUUUUGAAACUACGGGGCCAGAGAUCUGGAGAGCCACGGAAGGGAAAGUGGAUGCAUUUGUCUCUGGCAUAGGGACUGGUGGUACCGUCACUGGGGCAGGAAGAUUCCUUAAAGAGAAAAAUUCUGCUAUCAAGGUCUAUGGUGUAGAGCCAACUGAAAGUGCAGUCCUAAAUGGAGAAAAGCCUGGCAAGCACAAAAUCCAAGGGAUUGGUGCUGGUGUCAUCCCUCCAUUACUGGACUUUGACAUAAUUGAGGAAGUUGUAAAGGUAUCUAGUGAUGAAGCCUUUGAAACUGCUAAGCUUCUUGCAUUGAAAGAAGGUUUGCUGGUUGGGAUAUCGUCGGGAGCUGCCGUUGCUGCUGCUAUUAAGCUAGCAAAAAAGCCUGAGUUUGCUGAGAAAUUGAUUGUUGUGCUUAUCCCUAGCUUUGGAGAGCGUUAUUUAUCUACCGAGUUGUUUGCUUCAGAGAGGCAAGAAGUGGAGGCUUUGACUUAUGAAAGGGCCGAUUUGCCACUUUCCCCCUUGUGAAACACCCGCUGAAAAAUGAGACGUAAUUUGCUCGAUCCAAUCUAAAAUUGCUUUUAAGAAUAAGGCUAUGAUAUUGUAUUUGUUAUAUUGAGAAUGUAACUUCUUACUAAUUGUAUUUUUGAUACCUGUAUGUAACACUAUUGGUUUUACCAAAAUAGGAAAAGAAUAAAUUUCCGAUUUGUAUAGGAAUUUUAUUUUUGUCGUAUAGUAAACAAAGUUAUGAAUGACUUCUCUCUAAA